AUGGCAGAUAUUGACAUUGACGAUGUGCUUGCAAAGCUCAGCGUGCCAGAAAAAGUCGCCCUGACUUCCGGGAUCGACUUUUGGCACACUGUGUCCGUUCCCAGAUUGGGGGUUCCAUCCAUCCGUAUGUCGGAUGGCCCCAAUGGAGUCCGCGGCACGCGUCUCUUUAACGGCAUCCGGUCGUCCUGUUUGCCGAGUGCGGUAGCACUGGGGGCCAGCUGGGAUGUCGAACUUAUGGAGGAUCUCGGUCAACUCCUUGGUAGAGAGGCAAAAGCCAAAGGGGCCCAUGUCCUCUUGGGCCCAACGAUCAACAUCCAAAGGUCGCCCCUCGGUGGCCGGGGCUUUGAAUCCUUCUCCGAGGACGCCGUGCUGUCGGGAAAUCUGGCAGGACACUAUUGCAAAGGAAUCCGCAGUGAAAAAAUCAUACCGACACUGAAGCACUUUGUAUGCAACGACCAAGAACAUGAGAGAAAGGCAGUCAAUGUGAUUGUCACGGACAGGGCCCUAAGAGAAGUCUACCUUCUUCCCUUCCAGAUUUCCUUGAAGCUCUCCGGUGCGGAGGCGAUCAUGACGUCAUACAACAAGGUUGGUGGCAUUCACGUCAGUGAGCACAAGGAAUUGAUCGACGGCAUUCUACGAAAGGACUGGGGAUGGGAUGGAACCGUGAUCAGUGACUGUGUUAGUGAAGCCAUCAAUGCAGGGCUAGACCUGGAGAUGCCGGGACCUUCACGCUUUCGGCAGAACGCGCUUACUGCGUGCGUAUCCUCGAACAAGGUCUUACCUAUGGUUCUGGAUGAAAGGGUGCGGAAUGUCCUCAAGCUGAUCAAGAGGGCAGCCGGUUCUCGGAUUCCUGAGCAUGCACCCAUGCGCGAGCUCAAUUCUCCAGAAGACCGCGACUUGCUUCGCCGGGCCGUGGCUGAGUCGGUAGUACUCCUCAAGAAUGAGAAGAGUAUCCUGCCCCUCGAUCCCAAACGAUCGGUGGCUGUCAUUGGCCCCAACGCGAAGGCAGCGUUUACAUGUGGUGGAGGCUCGGCAUGGCUGCCCGGGUACCAUUCUAUCAGCCCUCUAGAGGGAAUCACAUCGAAAGUUCAGAGGGAUAGCAAAGUACAGUUCUCACAAGGAAUUACCUCCUUCAAAAAGCUCCCGCAAUUAGGCCCACACUUAACCACACCCAAGGGCGAAGUUGGAUUCAUCUUUCGAGCCUACAAUGAGCCGCCAUCGGUGAAUAGUCGCCAGGUUGUUGAUGAGUUGCACCUGGAGGCUUCAAAGGCCAUUCUCUUCGAUUACACGCCUCCUGGUCUUCACCCUACAACAUUCUAUGCUGAGGCUGAAGGUACGUUUACGCCGACAGAGAGUGGUAUGUAUGACUUUGGCGUCACUGUCGCGGGUACAGGACAGUUGUUUAUCGACCAAGAGCUCGUGGUCGACAACGAGACCGUGCAGAAUGCUGGCAAUUCAUUCUUUGGAAUGGGGACCGUGGAAGAGCUCGGCUCCAAGGUGCUCGAGGCUGGAGUACCAUAUACUGUCCUCUUCCGUUUCGGAAGUGCCCCUCUGAGCAAAGUAACGAACCCGAAAGUCGUGUCGUUUGGCAAAGGUGGUUUUUCCUUUGGUGCUAGCCGACGCGUGGAGACAGAACAGGCCAUUGCAGACGCUGUGUCCUUGGCUGGAUCUGCAGAGCAGGUGGUGCUCGUGGUCGGCCUCAACGGUGAGUGGGAAUCAGAAGGAUUCGACCGCCCUAAUAUGGACCUACCGCCACACACGGAUCGUCUUGUCUCGGCCGUUCUGGCUGCCAAUCCAGACAUUGUGGUUGUGGUCCAGAGCGGAAGUCCGGUCAGCAUGCCCUGGGUCGAUGACGCUGCCACAAUUCUCCAGGCAUGGUAUUCCGGCGACGAAGGUGGCCAUGGGCUGGCUGAUGUGCUCUUUGGGGACGUGAAUCCAAGUGGUGCGCUUCCAUUCACAUAUCCCCGACGGGUCCAGGAUAACCCGGCGUAUAUCAACUUUCUUUCCGAGUCUGGCCGCGUUCUGUACGGCGAGGACGUAUAUGUAGGUUACCGUUAUUAUGACAAGGUCGAUCGCCCGACUCUCUUUCCAUUCGGCCAUGGCCUGUCCUACACCACGUUCUUGACAUCCGAGCUGGAGGUUGCUCUCUUCGAAGAAGAACCUACCCGGCUAGGCAGUGACGAGAAAGUCCGUGUCACUCUCAAUCUCACGAAUAUUGGAGACCGUGCAGGAGCUGUGGUGAUCCAGAUAUACAUUGUGCCUGCCAGAGAGACUGUGCGAAACGGAAAGGUUGACCGCCCCAUCAAGGAGCUGAAGGGCUUUUCCAAGUCGUUCCUGGACCCUGGACAAACCAAAAACAUCGUGGUAGAUAUACCCACCAGGUUGGCAACCAGCUGGUGGAACGAGCAGAGGAACCAGUGGCAUAGUCAGGCCGGUGUCUACGAAGUCUGGGCAGUAACAUCUGCGGGGCACCCCAAAAUCACCUAG